AUGGGCAUCAGUGUUGGCUCAGUUCACGUUGUUUUGAUUGACAUCUUGGGGCUGAGGAAACUGUUUGCAAGAUGGGUGCCCCGAAUGUUGACACCAGAUCAAAAGUUGAAUAGAAUGGAAAGUUCGAACAGUUCAGUUCAGGCUGCUCCAGCCAUAUUCCUCAGGAGAUUUGUGACCCAGGAUGAGACAUGGGUUCACCACUUUGACCCCAAAUCAAAGAAUGAAAGUAAACAAUGGAAACACAUCGGUUGUCCGCCUCCCAAAAAGUUCAAGCAAGUGGCAUCUGUCUACAAGGUGAUGGCUUCUAUGUUUUGGGACAGUGAGGAACUUCUUGCAAGAGGAUAA